GCGCUGUGAGCACGUGAGCUUAUGUCGGACUGUGGACGGACGGAUAACUUCUUCGAUCAACACACACGUUUUACGAGCUCUCGAACUUAUCUAAAUGCACCCGCGCACACUCUUCUAAUGGGGAAAGGUGGCUAGUGGCCAGAGAGACAGGUCUCUCAAGGACUAUAAAGCAACUUCACAGGCUCCUCUGAUAGUUGGAAUAAGUUAAAAAAUUCAGAUCGAGAAUGAAAGUUGUAGCUUUGAUCUCUGGCGGGAAAGACAGUUGUUACAACAUGAUGCAGUGCGUCAAAAAUGGACACGAGGUUGUGGCACUAGCAAACCUUACGCCGGCAGACGGCGAGGACGAGCUCGACAGUUACAUGUAUCAGUCAGUUGGAACGAAGGCCCUGCCGAUUUAUGCGGAAGCGAUGGGUCUACCAUUGUACCAGGACAAAAUUCUGGGGACACCCGUGGACACGCGGAUGGAAUACACGCCUUCAGAAAAUGAUGAGGUUGAAGACUUGUAUCGACUCUUGAAAAGGAUUCGGCACGAAAUUUUUUUCGACGCCAUUUCAGUGGGAGCCAUCUUCUCGGACUACCAGAGGAUUCGUUGCGAGAGCGUCUGCCAGCGACUGGGCAUCGAGAUGCUAGCCUACUUGUGGCACCGGGAUCAAAACCAAUUACUGCAUGAGAUGGUAGAUUCCGGAGUGGAAGCAAUAAUCAUCAAGACUGCUGCGAUGGGACUCUCGCAGAAGCAUCUCGGUCUCACGUUGGCCGAAAUCCUCCCAGAUAUGCUACAUCUGAAUGAAAAGUACGGGCUAAACAUUUGCGGCGAAGGUGGGGAAUUCGAGUCCUUCACUCUCGAUUGUCCACUUUUCAAGAAAAAAAUUGUUAUUGAUGAGAUGGAGCAAGUCAUCGAUUCUAGAGAUGCGUUCUCGCCCGUUACAUUCCUCCGCUUGAAGAAACUUCAUGCGGAAAGUAAAUGCAUGAACGAAAGAUGA